AUGACCUAUCCACGCCAUGAAGAAGACCCAUCUAGGCCAAAGUCAGGGACUCAUCGGAACGAGCAAGUUGAACGAACAUUCGGGGAAAUCACAUUCCCCGUCCUGGCCGGCGGCGUCACUCAGGAAACCACAUUCCAUAUCAUUGACCAGGAUACGACGUACAAUACCACAAUAAGUCGACAUUGGAUAUAUGCCAUGAGAGCUAUCCCCUCCUGCUUGUACCAAGUCUUCAAAUUUCCAACCCCAUGGGGAGUAUUCAGCAUACGAGGAGAACAACGUACAUCUCGAGAAUGCUAUCGCAUCUCCCAGGAUUGUACAUACACCCAACAAAUGAAGGGCAAACUAGAGGAUACAUAG